AUGAUGAGGGAAAUGAUGCAGAAGUUCUCAGAUGGGCGAUCAGCCUAUGCCACAGAACAUUUGGAUCUAGUAUCAAGAACUACUGAGAAAUCGCCUUUCUCGAAAUGGAUUCAGAACGAGCCAAAGCCUCGAGACUUCAUCAUCCCUUCCUUGCUUGCGUUCAAUGGAAAGGGAGACCCACUAAACCAUUUAUUCCAAUUUCAACAGAAGAUGGUAUUAGAAGCUAAUAACGAAGCCAUUCAAUGCAAAGUCUUUUCAACGACUUUCUCCGGGCCAGCUCUAUUAUGGUUCCAACAAUUAAAGCCCGGGUCACUCAACAGUUUUAGUGAUCUCCGACGGAACUUCUUACAGCAAUACAGUGCAAACCGAGAGGCACCCAGAACAAUGGCCGAUCUCUAUCGGAUUGAACAGGGGGAGAAUGAACAUCCGAAAGCAUACUUACAGCGUUUCAUUAACCUCGUGCAUCAAAUCCACGACGUCGACCCACUCACUGCAGCAAAUCUCUUCGUCAAAAGCUUGCAGGUGGGAUCUCUCUUACAUGAGAAUCUCACCAUGACACCACCAUACGACAUGGCAGACGUGCAUACCCGAGCCGAGGGCGUCUUCAGGGUCCUGGAAUUUCGAGAAUGCGCACAGAAGAAAUAUGCACUCAUCUCUGCUCCGCCAAAAAAUAAUCCUCCACCACCUGCUAGGGAUGACAAGAGGAAGCGGAACCAAACAGAUCUCACGAAGGAAGGAAAAAGGCCAAGACAGGAUCGACAGUCAUCACGAUACCCGUCUUUCGAAUACACCGUCCCGCAAGAAGUCAUUUAUGAAGAAAAUAAAGACAGGCCUAUCUGGCGAGAGCCCUACAAAAUUACCACUCACGAUACCCGUCUUUCGAAUACACCAUCCCACAAGAAGUCAUUUAUGAAGAAAAUAAAGACAGACCUAUCUGGCGAGAGCCCUACAAAAUUACCACUCCUUUUGACAGAAGGGAUAAAAGCAGAUAUUGUCUCUUCCACAAAGAUCAUGGUCAUACGAUCGCUGAAUGCCACAACUUGA